CACCAAAAUACAUGUCGAAUCUGGAAAUGUAAACUAAUACGGAGUACACCUGGACGUAUGUAUGUGUAAGAAUUUAUAAAGUCCUGCAUAGAGUGGAUUGGUCACCGGCCAACGACCCUAGAGAAAGAAAUGUGUUUAAAAAAGAGGAAAUCCUGUAAAGUAGGAAUCGAGAUCAGAGAAGGGCGGAUGUAAAACAAGGAAGGUUCCUCUACGCACUGACCAAGCCAGCUUGUAAAUGUUGACUGCUUAACCUCUACUCCGUAUAUAUAUAUAAAUACUCCCUAAUCCCUAUAUUUAUACUUGUAUAUAAAUCAGGCCACCACUUUCAAUCGCUUCCUAUCUUCUUUCUUUUGCUCACUACUCUAAUACUCAUAACACUAUUUCUUCUGCAUCUCAUUCUCUCUCUCUCUCUUCAAAAUAUGCCUGCAGCUGUCUUAUCUGAGAAUACCUACCAAGGAGUUUAUCUCAUGCCCAAAGAUAAUACCCCUAGUUCUAUUUCAUUCAGAAGGUUGGAGGGAAAAGUUGCAAUAGUAACGGGUGGAGCAAGAGGAAUUGGAGAAGCAACGGUAAGACUAUUUGUUAAGCACGGUGCUAAGGUGGUGAUUGCCGACGUGGAAGAUACCCUAGGCAAAUCCUUGGCGGACUCUCUCUCUCCGUCCGCCACCUUCGUCCACUGCGACGUCAGCCUCGAAGACGACGUCCACAACCUAGUGGACACGGCUGUGUCACUGUAUGGAAGACUAGAUAUACUCUUAAACAAUGCCGGGGUGUUAGGGUCCCAAACUAAGUGUAACAAAAGCAUCCUUAACUUUGACCCUAACGAAUUUGACAGCAUUAUGUCGGUCAACGUUAAAGGGGUAGCCUUAGGGAUCAAGCAUGCUGCCCGUGUGAUGAUACCACGAGGCGGUGGCUGCAUCAUCUCGACCUCUAGCGUGGCGGGCGUCAUGGGUGGGAUGGGCCCCCACGCCUAUACGGCGUCAAAGCAUGCGAUUGUGGGCUUAACAAAGAACACGGCGUGUGAGUUAGGGCGGUUCGGGAUCCGAGUUAAUUGUAUAUCUCCCUUUGGGGUGGCAACUUCCAUGCUUAUCAAUGCAUGGAGAAGUGAUGAAGAUGAAGAUGAUGAAAUGGAAUCGGGAUUGGGAUUGGGAUUGCCACGUGAGGAAGAAGUGGAGAAAACGGAGGAGUUUGUAAGAGGAUUGGCUACUUUGAAAGGUGUUACUUUGAAACCAAAGGACAUUGCUGAGGCUGCACUUUACUUAGCUAGUGAUGAGUCUAGGUAUGUCAGUGGUCAUAAUCUUGUUGUUGAUGGUGGAUUUACUACCUCCAAAAAUUGUGUUGCUUUAUGACCAUUUCCACCCAUUCUUUUAACCUAAUUUUUCUUCAUUAUAUUAUUAGUUCAAACUAGGCAAAAGUGUGUUGCAGAAAUUACCAAAGAUUUUUAGUAUAUAAUAGUGGCACUAUAAAUUUGGUGCAGGUUUGAGGUUUACCAAAGUCCUUUGAAAAUAGGAAGGAGUUUGAAAAGUGGUAGAAAAAAAGAAUCAAAGUAUAUUUUAUUAAUUCAUUAAUUA